AUGUCUUUCCGACGCCCUGCUCCUUUUUCAUCCUCUGCCUCCUCUUCCUGCUCGACCUUGUCGUCAUCCACUUCGGCAACUGUUCUGGAGUACUUGGACGUAUUGACUGAUCCUUGCAUUCUCUUCCGGGUGUUCUUACCACUCUUGGAACUUCGUCUACGUACAGCUCUCGUCCCUCCCGACUCGAUGAUGGACACUGCCUCUGACCGUACACCCGCUCCGGACUCCACGUUAAGGUGCCUCUUUCCUAUUGCUGAACUACAUGGCCAGGCCCUUGCGUUCCGGACGGAACGCGACUAUCACCUUCACUAUGCCCUCGCCGAGAUCACAUUUCAUCCCCGUCUCGUUGCUUCUUUGAUGGUGACCUGCUCGCGAACAUACUACGCCGUACGAGCCCUUCUUCGUGAUCGUGGACUUCAAUAUGCCUUCUACGUGGAACGCACACCCGAUCUUCCACGGUCACAUUCUUCUCGACCGUGCCUGUCCAUCUUCCAUCCGUUUUGUCCACAACAAGUCCGCGGAAUGGCGUUACACCGUGGACUUCAGCAUUGGGUCUUCAUUCCCUCCAGCUACCAGGAGUUACCUCUGAUCCGGCUCGGACGUCGGGGUCCUUCCGGGACAAUCGCGCACACAGCCGUACGUCUCCUCCCCGGUCUCGACGACAUCGCAGCCGCACCCCGGUGUCCAAUACACCGGAACAUCACCGCCACCGCAACCGUGGCACUUCGAUCAGACAACAUCGACAUCGAGAUCCUGAUGCUGAUUCUCCCCCACGACGUCGGCUACACUACUCUUCACCACGGCCAUCGUCUCGACGACAUCCUCUUCCUUCCGACUCUGACCGACGGGCACCACACUCUGACAGCCGGGUGCACUCCACCCCUCCACCUCAUGAUGAUCCAUCCCACUAUUCUUCCUCCGGUGCACCUCCAGCUCGACGUGAACCUCGAACGCUACGAAGACAUCUAUUCGCUCGGCGCCAACUGGGAAACCACCGACCUCUUCCUUGACGCGAACCCAGACCGCGGUUUCCCUUUACCGCGCAAUGUCGUAGACACUGCCUUUACCCGGCGUCUCGGCAUCGCCGAAAUGCCUAUUCAUCUCGUCCCUAUUGUGUCGCUUACCCCGAAUGCGGGGCAAGCAUGGAUCGUCCGCCUGCUGGCGGCUGGCCGCCCUCUGGUGAUUGAAAUUUUCAGGACGCGGCAGGAAGCGCUUUUGGCGUCAUUCAUUAUUCGGACGCUCCGCAAGUCCUCGGACCAAUACGACAUCUCUGAUGUCCUUAAACAAAACAACUACACGACAACCAUACCGUUGCUACCGAAGGCCCACGCGACCUUACCGUAUGGGCGUAUCGCGCUCAGCUCUUGCAACACGUGGCGGACAAGGUUGCUGCGACGAUUAAUGAUCUACUACCCCACGGAGAAGGUGCAGCCGGAGGACGACCUGGACUUCUGGAACAAAUUCAACGAUUGCAGCAGGACAACGACCAGCUCAGGUUGCUUGCCGCUGGCACCGGCGCCGAGACCUUACCUCAUCCACUUGCAGAACCGAACCCUCCACCAGAUGCUGCCACCAGACUCCGGGACUCCUUUUCCAAGUUCGAACGACUUGAUCGCCGCGCUGUCCUCGCUUCCAACUCCCCCAAAUCCGCCUCUACCGCCGAUGUGA